GUCAACAGAGACAUACCCUAGCUAGUUAACCUAGACCUGUACUGUCCAGGUAGACUUACAAUGAGAGAUAUUCUGCAAGCGCCGAAUAACAAUUAACUGGCCGAUAUAUAAAUAUAAACACACAAGGCCAUCCAAAUGGUGAUCAUGUCAGGCACAGCCACUGUGCUGCAGCAGUUUGUCAGUGGUCUGAAAAGUCGAAAUGAAGACACCAGAGCAAAAUCUGCCAAAGAUCUGCAGCACUAUGUGACUACAGAGCUGAGAGAGUUAAGCCAAGAUGAAGCCACUACAUUCUAUGAUGAGUUAAACCAUCACAUAUUUGAACUGGUAUCCAGUUCUGAUGUGAAUGAGAAGAAAGGAGGCAUUCUCGCCAUUGUGAGUCUGAUUGGAGUCGAGGGAGGCAAUGCCACCAGGAUCAGCCGUUUUGCCAACUACCUGCGCAACCUGCUCCCCUCCAGCGACCCAGUGGUCAUGGAGAUGGCCUCUAAAGCCAUGGGCCACCUGUCUAUGGCCGGGGACACCUUUACUGCGGAAUAUGUGGAGUUUGAGGUGAAAAGGGCCCUGGAGUGGCUGGGAGCAGACAGGAAUGAAGGCAGACGCCAUGCUGCAGUGUUGGUGUUGAGGGAGCUGGCUGUGAGCGCACCCACCUUCUUCUUUCAGCAAGUGCAGCCCUUCUUUGAUAACAUCUUUUACGCAGUAUGGGAUCCCAAGCAAGCCAUCCGAGAAGGGGCUGUGUCUGCCCUGCGAGCCUGCCUCAUCCUCACCACACAGAGGGAGACCAAGGAAAUGCAGAAACCACAGUGGUACAAACAAACUUUCGAGGAGGCAGAAAAAGGCUUUGAUGAGACUUUGGCCAAAGAGAAAGGAAUGAAUCGUGACGACAGGGUCCACGGUGCUCUUCUGAUCCUGAAUGAGUUGGUUCGCAUCAGCAGUAUGGAAGGAGAGCGCAUGCGUGAGGAGAUGGAGGAGAUCACGCAGCAGCAGCUGGUCCAUGAUAAGUACUGCAAGGAACUGAUGGGAUUUGGAACCAAGCCCCGCCAUAUCACCCCCUUCACUAGCUUCCAGUCGGUGCAGCCACAGCAGUCAAACGCCCUCCUGGGCUUGUUGGGCUACAGCACGCCUCAGGGCUUCCUCAGCUUCGGAGCCACGCCGGUACCCGCCAAGACCUCACUGGUGGAGAGCCGAUACUGCCGUGAGCUGAUGGAGGAGCGAUUCGACCAGGUGUGUCGAUGGGUGCUGAAAUACAAGGCCAGUAAAAACCCUCUGAUCCAGAUGACCAUCCUCAACCUGCUUCCACGCCUGGCUGCUUUCCAGCCACAUACCUUUACAGGUGGGACCCAUUCAUGUUUGAAUGUCGUCCAUGAUCCGGUUGAAUCCAUCUUUGACCAGUACCUGUCAGACACCAUGGGCUACCUGCUGGGCUGUUUGAAGAAGGAGAAAGAGAGGACGGCUGCUUUCCAGGCCCUGGGGCUGCUGGUUGUGGCCGUCAGGGCAGAAAUUCAGCCGUACCUCUCCAAGAUCCUUGAGAUCAUCAAGGCGGCCCUGCCACCGAAGGACUUUGCGCACAAGAGGCAGAAGACCAUGCAGGUGGAUGCCACAGUGUUCACCUGUAUCAGCAUGCUUUCCAGAGCCAUGGGUCCCAGCAUCCAGCCAGACAUCAAGGAGCUGCUGGAGCCUAUGCUGGCUGUGGGCCUGAGUCCUGCGCUGACAGCAGUGCUGUAUGACCUGAGCCGCCAAAUCCCCCAGCUGAAGAAGGACAUUCAAGACGGUCUUCUGAAGAUGCUUUCCCUCGUGUUGAUGCACAAGCCGCUGCGUCACCCUGGCAUGCCCAAAGGCCUGGCUCACCAGCUGGCCUCGCCAAGCCUCACCAACAUCCCAGAGGCAAGCGACGUUGGCAGCAUCACACUGGCCCUGCGCACACUGGGAAGCUUUGAAUUUGAGGGACACUCCCUCACCCAGUUUGUGCGCCACUGCGCCGAUCACUUCCUGAAUAGUGAACACAAGGAGAUCCGGAUGGAGGCAGCUCGGACCUGCUCACGUCUUCUUACCCCCUCCAUCCACCUGAUCAACGGCCAUGUUGUCAGCCAGACAGCUGUGCAGGUUGUUGCAGAUGUGCUCAGCAAGCUGCUGGUUGUUGGAAUCACUGACCCAGAUCCAGAUAUUCGAUACUGUGUGUUGGCAUCUCUCGACGAGCGUUUUGACGCUCACCUCGCUCAGGCUGAGAACUUGCAGGCGCUGUUUGUCGCGCUGAACGAUGAGGUGUUUGAGAUCAGAGAGCUCGCCAUCUGCACAAUCGGACGCCUCAGCAGCAUGAACCCUGCCUUUGUCAUGCCCUUCCUACGCAAGAUGCUCAUCCAGAUCUUAACAGAGCUGGAGCACAGUGGUGUCGGCAGGAACAAAGAGCAGAGUGCUCGUAUGCUUGGCCAUCUGGUGUCCAACGCCCCCCGCCUCAUACGGCCGUAUAUGGAGCCCAUCCUCAAGGCUCUUAUCCUCAAGCUGAAAGACCCAGACCCCAACCCUGGAGUAGUCAUUAGUGUGCUUGCGACAAUUGGCGAGUUGGCUCAGGUGAGUGGCCUGGAGAUGAGGAAGUGGAUGGACGAACUUUUUCCUAUCAUCAUGGACAUGCUGCAAGACUCCUCCUCAUUGGCCAAGCGACAGGUGGCGCUGUGGACACUGGGCCAGCAGGUGGCUAGCACGGGCUACGUGGUGGAGCCUUACCGCAAGUACCCUUCCCUUCUGGAGGUGCUGCUCAACUUCCUCAAGACGGAACAAAACCAGGGGAUCAGGAGAGAGGCUAUCCGUGUUCUGGGUCUUCUCGGUGCUCUGGACCCCUACAAGCAUAAGGUGAACAUCGGGAUGAUUGACCAAUCCCGAGAUGCCUCCGCUGUCUCACUCUCUGAGUCCAAGUCCAGUCAGGACUCAGCUGACUACAGCACCAGUGAGAUGCUAGUGAACAUGGGCAACCUGCCCCUGGAUGAGUUUUACCCGGCUGUGGCAAUCGUCACCCUGAUGCGCAUCCUAAGGGACCCUUCACUCUCUAACCACCAUACUAUGGUGGUCCAGGCUGUCACCUUCAUCUUUAAGUCUCUUGGCCUCAAGUGUGUCCAGUUCCUUCCCCAGGUCAUGCCCACUUUCCUCAAUGUCAUCCGGGUGUGUGAUGCCAGCAUCCGAGAGUUCCUCUUCCAGCAGAUGGGAAUGGUGGUGUGCUUUGUGAAGAUCCACAUCCGCCCCUACAUGGACGACAUCUUCACCCUCAUCAGAGAGUACUGGACGCCAAACAACCCCAUGCAGAACACCAUCAUCCUUCUGAUUGAGCAGAUUGUGGUGGCACUGGGCGGAGAGUUCAAGCUCUAUCUGCCUCAGCUCAUCCCGCACAUGCUGCGUGUCUUCAUGCACGACAACAGCACCGGGCGCAGUGUCACCAUCAAGCUGCUGAACGCCAUCCAGCUGUUUGGUGCCAACCUAGACGACUACCUCCACUUGCUGCUGCCUCCCAUUGUCAAGCUGUUUGAUGCCCCCGAUGUGCCCCUGCAGGCCCGCAAGGUUGCCUUGGAGACACUUGACCGGCUGACAGAGUCCCUGGACUUCACAGACUACGCCUCACGCAUUAUCCACCCGAUUGUUCGGACACUUGACAGCACGCCUGAACUGCGCUCCACCUCUAUGGACACCCUGUCCUCGCUUGUGUUCCAGUUGGGCAAGAAAUACCAGAUCUUCAUCCCCAUGGUGAACAAAGUGAUGCUGAAACACAGGAUCAACCACCAGCGUUAUGACAUACUCAUCUGUCGCAUUGUUAAGGGCUAUACUCUGGCUGAGGAGGAAGAGGACCCUCUAAUCUUUCAGCAUCGCCAGCUUCGCGGUAACCAAGGCGAUGCUCUGGUCAGCGGGCCAGUGGAGGCGGGGCCUAUGAAGAAGCUUCACGUCAGCACUACGGCACUUCAGAAGGCUUGGGGUGCGGCCAGGAAGGUGUCCAAAGAUGACUGGCUGGAGUGGCUGAGGCGCUUGAGUGUCGUCUUGCUCAAGGAGUCUUCCUCUCCGGCCCUGCGAUCGUGCUGGUCACUGGCUCAGACUUACAUUCCCCUUGCCAGGGACCUGUUCAACGCGGCCUUCCUGUCCUGUUGGUCUGAGCUGAGUGAGGACCAGCAGGAUGAGCUCAUCCGCAGCAUUGAAUUAGCUCUCACCUCCCAGGACAUCGCUGAGGUCACACAGACUCUACUCAACCUGGCAGAGUUCAUGGAACACAGUGACAAGGGCCCUUUGCCUCUGAGGGAUGAUAAUGGUAUUGUGCUGCUUGGUGAGAGAGCUGCCAAGUGUCGUGCCUACGCCAAAGCCCUGCAUUACAAAGAGCUGGAGUUUCAGAAAGGUCCUUCUCCUCUCAUCCUGGAGUCUCUUAUCAGCAUCAACAAUAAACUGCAGCAGCCAGAAGCCGCGUCCGGGGUGCUGGAGUACGCCAUGAAACAUUUUGGGGAGCUGGAAAUCCAAGCCACCUGGUAUGAGAAGCUGCAUGAGUGGGAAGAUGCCCUGGUGUCAUACGACAAGAAGAUCGACUUGAACAAAGAGGAUCCAGAGCUCAUCCUGGGCAGGAUGCGCUGCUUAGAGGCCCUGGGAGAAUGGGGCCAGUUGCACCAGCAGUGCUGCGAGGAGUGGACGCUGGUGAGCGAGGAAACCCAGGCCAAGAUGGCUCGUAUGGCCGCCGCUGCCGCCUGGGGUCUAGGGCACUGGGACAGCAUGGAGGAGUACACGUGUAUGAUCCCAAGAGACACGCACGAUGGCGCUUUUUAUAGAGCAGUGCUAGCCCUGCAUCAGGACCUCUUCUCAUUGGCCCAGCAGUGUAUUGAUAAAGCAAGAGACCUCCUGGAUGCUGAGCUGACGGCCAUGGCUGGAGAGAGCUACAGUCGAGCUUACGGGGCCAUGGUAUCUUGCCAGAUGCUGUCAGAGCUGGAGGAGGUGAUCCAGUACAAGCUGGUGCCAGAGAGGAGGGACAUCAUCAGGGAAACAUGGUGGGAGAGGCUUCAGGGUUGUCAGCGGAUUGUGGAGGACUGGCAGAGGAUCCUGAUGGUCCGAUCACUGGUCAUCAGCCCCCACGAGGACAUGAGGACUUGGCUGAAGUACGCCAGCCUCUGUGGCAAGAGUGGACGUCUGGCACUGGCCCAUAAGACCCUGGUGCUCCUUCUGGGUGUCGACCCCUCCAAACAACUUGAUCACCCGCUGCCCACAGCCCACCCACACGUCACCUACGCUUACAUGAAGUACAUGUGGAAGAGUACCCGCAAGAUCGAUGCCUUUCAGCACAUGCAGCACUUUGUGCAAGGGAUGCAGCAGCAGGCCCAGCACGCCAUCGCGGCCGAGGACCAGCAGCACAAGCAGGAGGUCCACAAACUGAUGGCCAGAUGUUUCCUGAAGCUGGGUGAGUGGCAGCUCAGUCUGCAGGGGAUCAACGAGAGCACCAUCCCCAAGGUCUUGCAGUAUUACAGCCAUUCCACUGAGCAUGACCGCAACUGGUACAAGGCCUGGCAUGCCUGGGCGGUGAUGAAUUUCGAGGCGGUGCUGCACUACAAACACCAGAACCAAGGACGCGACGAGAAGAAGAAGCUGAGGCACGCCAGCGGUGCCAGCGCCAAUAGCGAAGCCAGCAACAGCGACAGCGAGGUCGACAGCACUGACCACAGUCCCGUGCCCUCGCCGGGGCAGAAAAAGGUCAAUGAGGACCUCUCCAAGACGUUGCUCUUGUACACAGUUCCUGCUGUUCAGGGUUUCUUCCGCUCCAUUUCCCUGUCCAGAGGAAAUAACCUGCAGGACACACUCAGGGUUCUGACUCUUUGGUUUGACUAUGGUCAUUGGCCUGAAGUGAAUGAAGCCCUGGUGGAAGGCAUCAAGACCAUUCAAAUCGACACCUGGCUCCAGGUUAUCCCUCAGCUCAUCGCCCGAAUCGACACCCCCCGAGCCCUGGUGGGGCGCCUCAUCCACCAGCUGCUGACAGACAUCGGACGAUAUCAUCCCCAGGCUUUGAUCUACCCUCUGACUGUGGCCUCCAAGUCCACCACCACAGCGCGCCACAAUGCCGCUAACAAGAUCCUGAAGAACAUGUGUGAACACUGCAACACUUUGGUUCAGCAGGCCAUGAUGGUGAGUGAGGAGCUUAUCCGAGUGGCCAUCUUAUGGCAUGAGAUGUGGCACGAGGGCCUUGAAGAGGCUUCACGUCUUUACUUCGGUGAGCGCAAUGUCAAGGGCAUGUUUGCUGUGCUGGAGCCUCUGCACGCCAUGAUGGAGAGGGGACCACAGACCCUCAAAGAGACCUCUUUUAACCAGGCUUAUGGCAGGGACUUGAUGGAGGCUCAGGACUGGUGCAGGAAGUACAUGCGCUCUGGAAACGUUAAAGACCUGACCCAGGCCUGGGACCUCUACUACCACGUGUUCAGACGCAUCUCCAAACAGCUGCCACAGCUGACCUCCCUGGAGCUACAAUAUGUGUCUCCAAAGCUGCUGAUGUGCCGGGACCUGGAGCUGGCUGUACCGGGCACUUAUGACCCCAACCAGCCUAUCAUCCGCAUCCAGUCCAUCGCCCCCUCCCUGCAGGUCAUCACCUCCAAGCAGCGCCCACGCAAACUCACCAUCAUGGGCAGCAAUGGCCACGAGUUCAUGUUCCUGCUGAAGGGCCACGAGGACCUGAGGCAGGACGAGAGAGUCAUGCAGCUGUUCGGUUUAGUCAACACUCUGCUGGCCAACGACCCCGCGUCCUUGCGCAAGAACCUCAGCAUUCAGCGCUAUGCGGUGAUCCCCCUGUCCACUAACUCGGGCCUGAUUGGCUGGGUACCCCACUGUGACACCCUGCAUGCCCUCAUCAGAGACUACAGAGAGAAGAAAAAGAUUUUGCUCAACAUCGAACAUCGCAUCAUGCUGAGGAUGGCCCCGGACUACGACCACCUGACACUGAUGGAGAAGGUCGAGGUGUUCGAGCACGCCGUCAACAACACGGCCGGAGACGACCUGGCCAAGCUUUUGUGGCUCAAGAGCCCCUCCUCCGAGGUGUGGUUCGACAGGAGGACCAAUUACACCCGCUCCCUGGCUGUGAUGUCAAUGGUGGGCUACAUCCUGGGACUGGGUGACAGGCAUCCGUCCAACCUGAUGUUAGACCGGUUAAGCGGCAAGAUCCUCCACAUUGACUUUGGAGACUGUUUUGAGGUGGCCAUGACCAGAGAGAAGUUCCCUGAGAAGAUCCCGUUCCGACUGACGAGGAUGUUGACCAACGCCAUGGAGGUGACGGGCUUAGACGGUAACUACCGCAUCACCUGCCACACGGUGAUGGAGGUGCUGAGGGAGCACCGGGACAGCGUCAUGGCCGUGCUGGAGGCCUUCGUCUACGACCCGCUGCUCAACUGGAGGCUCAUGGACACAAACACCAAAGGCAACAAGCGUUCCCGCACCAGGACCGACUCGUACACUGCUGGACAGUCAGUGGAGGCUCUCGAGGGCAUAGAUCUUGGAGAGAGCACACACAAGAAACCAGGGACCACAGUGCCUGAAUCCAUUCACUCCUUCAUUGGAGACGGCUUGGUGCAACCUGAAGCACUCAACAAGAAAGCCAUUCAGAUUAUCAACCGAGUGAGAGACAAACUCACAGGUCGAGACUUCUCUCACGAUGAGACACUGGAUGUGCCGGUACAAGUAGACCUCCUCAUCAAGCAAGCCACAUCACACGAAAACCUGUGCCAGUGCUACAUCGGAUGGUGUCCAUUUUGGUGAGGAGCUAUCUUCAGCAGCCAAGGUUAACCAAGAAGAAGCACUCAACUUUUUUUUUUUUUUUUUUUGUUCUUUUUAUUUUGCUGUUGUAGAAUUGUACGAUUUUUCCAGUGAAAUGUUUUAAGUUAAUGAGAAAGAACCUUAAGAGCUGUGUUUUUAAUCUGAUGAUCACACUUCAAAUGACUCUUUCCAUCGCUUUUAACACCAUAAUCACUUGCUACAAGCUUUCGACAGCGGCCAUAUUGUAAUAAUAAGUUAUGACGUUUUCUUACUGCGCACCCUGUACGCCACUUAGAAACCCCACCAGUCCGUUGUAUCAUUAUGAAUUAAUGUGACACGUUUCAAGAACAUGGUAUGCCUUUUACUAACUGGAACAUUCUUCAGUGGAAGACACAACAAACACUUUUUGAUUUGAGAUAAUCAUAAUAAACUGUAUGGGCAUUUGUGUGCCAAUAAACCC